AUGACAUUACAUUGGGUUGAUAGCGAAAAAGCUUUCUUUUUCAACUUCAUAAACAACUUAGUACGUGACGGAGGAGGACAAGUGCGACCAGUAACUUCACACGACUUCCGUCAAGUCAUUAUGGCUAUGGCGAUCGAGCAGAUGAGACACGUCGAAGGCGGUGCCGCCUAUGUGCAAGAUCCAUGGCCUCCAAGAGUGUUCACUUACGAAACUGUCAGGCAAUUCUGGAACCACAAUAGGCCCGAAGCAGAUCAACGCUAUGUCGAUCUUCAAGCUGCCGCUCAACUCAGACCAGAGAACAGACCGGAGGAAGCACUUGUUGAUGCUCAAGGAGUAGGUUCUCAUCGAAUUUUUGAAGAUCAGCCCGCUUAUCAGCAGAUACAACUUCCAGGUCGUGAAUUGCCACGUGUAAAAGGCUUCGCGAGUAUAAAUGCCAUCCUUCAACGCUCCGCUUUCCAUGAUCAGCCAGGGCAAGUUCCAGGACAGCCACUUCGUCCAUUGUCGCGACCAGAAGGUAUGGCGAGUCUCAAUGCCAUCCUUCAACAAACUGUGGCUGGUCAAGCAGACAUCGUUGCAUCUCGAGAUCUGUUGGCAAGAAUGACUGUGGAUCAAACCACUGAAGAGGAGUUUUGGGCUCAGUUUAUGCGACGCUUCGGCGGCACGCAGUGA